AUGGGUCGCGGUAUCCUGCUAACGGCCAACCUUCCACAACUUCAGAACCUGAUAAAACGGGAUCCUCAGGGCUACAAAGAGGAGUUUCUACUGCAGUACAAUCAUUAUAACUCCAUUCGCCGCAUCUUCGCAACAAAUCCAGAUGAGCAAGCUGCUCAUUUUCGUGAAUUGGUCAACUUCAUCUCGCAGGUCGCAACAUGCUACCCGAAGGAAACUGCAGACUUUCCCUCGCAGAUCUCAACGCUUCUGCUCGAAAACUACGGGAUCUUGUCUCCCGACACCCGCAAGACACUUGUCCAGAACCUUGUUAUGCUAAAGAAUAAGGAAGUCAUAACUUCCAUUGAGCUGCUCAAGAGUCUGUUCCCGCUCUUGCCUCGGACAACUUCUUCGCAGCUCAGGGCCUUCAUUCGGAAGACAAUAUUGUCCGAUAUUAAGACCGCAAAUAUGCGCUCCAAGAACCACAAGCUCAAUCGCGCAGUCCAGGCAAUGUUAUUCGGGAUGGUUGAGCGGGGAAUGGAUGGCGAGGUCAUGGGUGAUAAAGGCAAGCUAAGAGAAUCGGCAGGGCCAACCAGCGAUAAAGUGGCGCACAAUGGUGAGGAGGCUAUGUGGGCAGUUAUUCUUACCAAGGAACUUUGGCGCAAGGGCGUCUGGAAUGACGCUAAAUCUGUGUCUAUUCUCGCUCUUGGAUGCUUUCAUCCUGUGAUCAAAGUCCAGAGCGCAUCCGUUCAUUUCUUUCUGGGUAGCGACGAAGAGAAAGCAGAUAGCGAUGAUGAACAAGAACAGGAAGUCGAUGUCAAAGCUCUUGCUCAUCGCCGCGAAAUCAACAAGAAAACUCGCAGCGGAGACAGGAAGCUAAGGAAACAGCUUGAAACUGCAAAAAAGAAAAAGCACCACAAAUCCACGCCGACGCCGAAUUUCUCCGGUCUGCAGCUACUAAAUGACCCCCAAACAUUUGGCGAAAAACUGUUUGACAUUGUCAACAAGUACGACAAGCGCUUUUCUCUGGACCACAAGAUACUGCUACUGCAAUUGCUCUCCCGCGUAAUGGGAUCCCACAAGCUCUGCGUCCUCGGCUUUUACACCUAUAUCGUCAAGUACCUCACUUACCGACAACUGCGAGUCCCGGCGAUUCUUGUUUCGUUGGCGCAAUCGGUCCACGACUUGACCCCACCAGACGCAGUCACACCGGUCAUUCGUAAACUUGCGCACGAGUUUGUGCAUCCCGGAGUCGCAAGCGAGGUUAUCGCUGCCGGAAUUAAUGCUAUCCGCGAAGUCUGUCGACGUCAACCGUGGGCGAUGGAGGAGGAUCUUCUUGGAGAUCUGGUCGAGUACAGGAAAAGCCGCGACAAGGCGGUAACCUCUGCUGCACGUGGAUUGCUCCAGUUGUACCGUGAAGUGAACCCAGGGAUGCUCAAACGGCGGGAACGGGGCAAGGAGGCGAGUAUGGGCAUUGCAAGCGGGUCGCAACCCCUUCCAUUUGGACACAGCGCCGAUGCCGCAGUGGAUAUCGAAGGACUGGCCCUCCUCGAAGACCAUUUACAACAACUGCGCGACGAAGAGAACGGAGAUGUUGAUGCUGAGGAGGACGACGAGGCGGCAUGGAACGGGUGGGAUGUUGACUCAGACUCAAGUGACUCCGAAUCUGAAGGCUGGAUCAACGUGGAAGACGACGAUCAGGACCUCCAUAUCUCAGAUAGCGAAGACGAGGACAACAAAUCAACAGCAGCACCGCCAGACGGCCCAGCUCGAGUUUCCACCCUCGCGACGACCAAAAUUCUUACUCCCGCAGACUUCGCUCUAUUAAACGAUCUGCGAAUCCAAGCAGCCGCCACAGCUGUUGAAAAGGGGGGUGGGUCGCGCGCAAAAAGAAAACUCGCGACACUGGAGGCGAAUAAGAAGGCAAUGCAGGCUGGCGACCAGCUCGAAGACACGUUUGUCUCCGAAAACGACAUCUUGGGUCCGCGCAAGAAAGCAAAGGCCGACUAUGAAGAACGCAUGGCUUCGAUUGCAAAGGGGCGAGAAGGGCGCGAAAAGUAUGGGUCUCGUAAGGGCAAGAAGAACAAAGAGGCACCAAGCAGCUCCACGAACAGAGAGAAGGCGCGAAACAAGCCCAUUAUGAUGAUUAUGCAUACCGCAGCGGUGAGGGGAAAGAAAAAGGCAUCGCUAAGGGAAAAACAGCAAGCUCUGCGAAGAAAGGCCAAAAAAUGA